AUGGCUGAACAAGACGAUGUAGCACAAGUGUUGGAGGAAGAGGAACAAUCGGAGGGGGAAGUUGAAGAAAAUGAAUCCUACGAAGGGGACGACGAACAUGUCGAAACAAACGACGAACAAGAAGAACCCGAAGAAAAUAAUGUAGAAGGGGAAAAAUGUAGCGGGGACGAGAUGUACAUCGACGAUUUAUGUGAAAGCGAUGACGAAAAAGAUGAAAAACACGCUUUAAGCGACGAAUUAUUUAGUAAAGUACUUAGUGAUUUAAUACAAUUAAAAUCGCGUGAUGAUAAAAGAAAAAAAUCACACCUUGUUCCGAGUGUAACAAAAUUUUUAAACACGACCAUUACAAAACGUUCGAUUUCCAAAGAUGUCAAAAAAAAUAUGCUCAAUCUUUGUCAACAUGUAUAUCGGGGAAAAAUACCCGUAACUAUAUCAAUUGAUAGUAAACGUUUUCUUGGGCAUUUGCUGGACAAGCGUACGCCCAAAGAAGACGUUAACGUUGCAUUGAGCGAGAAUUUAAUAGUUCAUUCGAUAUUACGCGAAGCUCUUGAUCUAAUAGCCAAAAAAUGAGCGAUGGUGUAAGAGAAUUGACGUUGGUAGACUCGGAACGGUUUAAUAAACUUAUAUCAACAUUGCAACAAACUUUAGAACGUAAAACUAUCAUAGAGCAAGCAACCGCACCUAACGAGGAAGAGGAUUAUGUACGAAGUCACGAUGAUGUAAUGAAAAGUGUAAAAAAUAAAGAUGAUUUAGCUGGUAUGAAAAUUGUGAAUUUUUUAAAUAAAAAGGAUAAGCUAAAGGGCGUUCAAAAAGCAACGGGGCAACUCCCUAAACCCCCCGACGCUCCAAACCCUGGCAGUGUGACACCGGGUCAGCGUCGUGCUCAACGUCCCGGCACUACGGUGGAUGCUGCAAACGAAAGAAUUAUGGAAAUUUUUAAACAAGAGGGCGUGUCACGGGGGGGUAACGGAAAUGUUGUGCACAAGGGCAUGCGUUAUAAUAUACCCUAUACAGAUUUACUUUAUGAUCUAACACACAAUACGACAGAAAAGACAGCCAAUUUGACAUCAGUAGAAUCUGAACAAGCCAUGCGAUUAUUAAGAAAAAUUAAAAUGCCCGCCUCGCACAUUCGCAGUACAUGUCUUCGAGGACAGUAUAUAAAAACUCGUACAACACGUGUGUUACCCGAAACACCUUCGACAACUAGUGAAGAGGAUUCCUUUACGUCAACACCUUUUGGUCGACCACCUUCGAGAAUACCUCAACCCCUACGACGUCACACGGCAUCGGCACCCUAUAAUCGUCGAUCACGUACCGCGCAUUACACACCCUAUCAACAAUUGGAUCGUCAAAUUCGUGACCUAUUGCAUUAG